UCAGCUUUUUUCGCCCGAGAUGAUGGAUUCAUCAGUGGAAGCUUUGGAGAAGAUCUUGAACUACAGUUUCGUGAACAAGUCUCUUUUCAAGGAAGCCUUAACUCAAACAUCUCCUUUAUUCAAUCGGCUUGAGUUCCUCGGCGACUCGGUUCUUGAAGUCGCCUUCACUAAUGACAUCCACCACACUUACCCUAAUCUCAAACUCAAGGAGUUGCGUGACUUGCGAACUGCUAAUGUAAGUAACGAGAAGUUCGCUCGUUUCGCCGUCAACCACAACCUCUACCAAUCCCUUUUACGCCACAAUCCUUCUCUUUCUACAAAGAUUAAAGAGUUCUCAGAAGCAGUAAGCAAAGAAGAUGAUCCUGUUCCGUAUGGUGGAUUAGUGAAAGCACCAAAAAUUCUUGCUGACAUUGUAGAGUCCAUAGCUGGAGCUGUGUACAUUGAUGUGGAUUUUGAUGUACAAAGACUCUGGGAGAUCAUCAGGGGACUUUUCGAGCCAAUAUAUACAAUGGAUGAUCUACGGCAGCAACCUAAACCACCGUUUCUUACGCUCUUUCGUUUGGCUGAUAAACACUGCAAACGAAUCGACUUCAGGUAUUCGAAAGAUGACAACAGCAAGAAAAAAGUUGCUGAGGUAUAUCUUGAUGAUGUAUUUAUAGCUUCUGGCUGUGCUAAACGUAUAGAUACCGCGAAGCUGCUUGCUGUCGAGGGAGCGGUGCAGAAGUUGUCAGAAUUUAUUAUGCCCAUUGAAAAGAUUAUUGGUGAGGUUAGUGUACUUGUUGAACCUGAAGAUGCCAAAGGGAAGUCGUUUGAGAUUUGCUCCACUGCCUGUGAGAGCCCUUUAGCCGAUGAAAUGGCACAAGAAGAAAUGGUUAUUGAUGAGGAUAGUCCACAUGUUGAACCUGAAGAUUCGAAAGGGAAGUUGUUUGAGAUUUGCUCUAGUAGAAAGCUACAGAUACAGACUGGAUCAUCUUCGUUGGCCGAUGCCUCUGCCAACUUGUUAACCUAUGAACUUACAACAAAACAAAUGGUUGUUGAUAAGGAUUGUUUAAAUGUUGAACCGGAAGAUGUGAAAGGGAAGUUGCUGGAGAUUUGCAACAAGAAUAUGUGGCCGAAGCCGGUUUAUAGUGUUGAAGAACAGAAAGGGCCCAAAAAUGAGCCGAGAUUUGUUUGUUCUGUUAAGAUUGAGAUUCCAACUAUAGAAGCUACGUUUCACAUGGAGGGAGAUAUAAAAUCAAAGAAAAAGCAAGCAGAAAACUCCUCAGCGUACCACAUGAUAAGAGCCUUGGAAUCUUCUUUUAUGAGUCUUGUCAUAAGUAAUCUGCAUAUGUCGAAAAGUUUAGAUAAGCAGAUUCCAUCUCUCGUCAGCUCAGAGAUGGAUUCUGAUUCAGUAGAAGCACUGGAGAAGAUCUUGAAUUACAGUUUCGUGAACAAGAAUCUUCUGCAAGAAGUGCUAACACACAAUAAUUCACCUUCAUUCCAGCGGCUUAUAUCCGUCGGUGAGCCAGCUCUUUCUCUUGCCUUUAUGAAACACAUAUACCUCACGUACCCUAAGCUCGAACCAAAGGAUUUGUCUCUGUUGCGAGAUGCGAAUACGUGUAACGACAGAUACGCUCGUGUCGCUGUUAAAAAAGGCAUCAGCCAAUUCGUUAUAAAGCCAGAAAGAAUGAUUAUGGAGUUCAUAGAGAUGAUGGGCAAAGAAGAUGAUCCUGAUCCAGAUCCAUAUAGAACAGUGAAAGCUCCAAAAAUUCUUGCUAAUCUUGUAGAUGCUAUAGCUGGAGCUGUUAAUAUUGAUGUGAAUUAUAAUGUAGAAAGACUCUGGGAGGUCUUCAGGGGUCUUUUCGAGCCAAUAUAUACACUUGAUGAUUUACGGCUGCAACCUAAACUACCAUUUGUUACACUUUCUCGUUUGGCUGAUAAACACGGCAAGCAAAUCGACUUUAGGUAUUCGAAAGAUGUUGACAGCAGAAAAAAUAUCGCUGAGGUAUAUCUUGAUGAUAUGUUUAUAGCUUCUGGGUGUGCUAAACGUAUAGAUACUGCAAAGCUGCUUGCUGCUGAGAAAGCGUGGCAGAAGCUGUCAGAGUGUAUGGCCGUUAAAAAGAUUGUUGAUGAGGUUAGUCCACAUGUCGAACCAGAAGAUGUCAAAAGGCAGUCGUUUGAUAUUUGCUCUACUGAAGAAGUCCAACUGCAGACUGAAUUAGCUUGUUUUCCGGCAGCCUUUGAUAACCAUUUAACCGAUGAAACGACGCAAGAACAAGUGGUUAUUAACGAGGAUAGUCCUCAUGUUGAGCAUGAUGACGUGAAAGGGAAGUCGUUUGAUAUUUGCUCCACUGAAAAGCUCCAAUUACAGGCUGAAUCAACUUCUUUGCCCAUCAGCUUUGAUAACCAUUUAACAGAUGAAGUGACACAAGAACAAAUGGUUAUUGAUGAGAAUACUCCACAUGUUGAAUCUGAAGAUGCGAAAGGGAAGUUGUUUGAGAUAUGCUCUACUAGGAAGCUUCAGACACAGACUGGAUUAUCUUUGUUGCCUACUGCUGCUGAGAACCCGUCAACCUAUGGAAUAACAACAAAACAAAUGGUUGUUAAUAAGGAUAGUUUACAUGUUGAACCCGAAGAUUUGAUAGGGAAGUUGUUUGAUAUUUGCGCAAAGAAUAAGUGGCCAAACCCGAUUUUCAGUGUUGAAGAAGAAAGAGGGCCAAAAAAUGAGCAGAAAUUUGUUUGUUCAGUUAAGAUUGAGAUCCCAACUAUAGAAGGUUUCUUUCACAUGAAGGGAGAUGCAAAAUCAAAGAAAAAGCAAGCAGAAAAUUCAUCAGCAGAUCACAUGAUAAGAGCCUUGAAAUCUUCUGUAAUGAGUCUUGUCAUAAGUAAUCUGCAAAUGCCGAAAAGUUUAGAUGAGAAGAAGAAGAAUCUGCUAAUGCAGGAGGAAAGUUUAGAUGAAAACAAGAAUCUGCAUUCAAGAAGAGGAGAACUGUUUAAGUUUUUUUUUUGGGGGGGGGUAAAUUCUCUUUAUUCACAGUUUACAACUGCUCAUUGCAUCUGUUAAUAUAGUGUGCAAUGAGAGAAUAGUCUCUAGAUUCCAAAAUUAGUUCCUCCAUUCUCUCACACUUUUGUCAUUCUGUGUCUACUUCACAUCCUAUGCGCUCGAUCUUUCUUUUCUUUUCUUGUGCAAAUCCAUUUCUAU